AGGCCAAAGUUCAAAUUUCCCCAUGCUAGAAAAACAAAGCUGCCCCGUUGCAGCGGCCAGAGGUGCCCGUCGGAGCUGAGCAGAGCAGAAGUCCAGCCAUGGAGCCCCCGGUGCUUCUUCUCGUCUGCACCGCCGUCUUCCUCUCGGCCAGCGCCAGUCCAGUCGCUCCAGCCGACACCAUCCAAGUCCAGGAGGAUUUUGAGGAAGCAAGAGUCUAUGGGAAGUGGUACGCCAUCGCGCUCGGCACGACCUGCAAGUGGAUGAAGAAGUAUAAGGAGCGCUUCCUGAUGGGGACACUGGAGGUGGCUGCGGGGGACUCUAGCAAUGAGUUAUCGGUUGCUUCCACCAGGAUCCGGCAAGGCACCUGCAGCCGAGCGGUGGGAGUCUACCAGAAGAGCAGCAUCCCCGGGAAAUACCAGUACUACAAUUCUAGGUGGGAGACCCACAUUGAGGGCUACGUGGCUCGCACCAACUACGAUGAGUACGCCUUCCUCGCCUGGAAGAAGAACAGCAGCUACGGCUACUCCGUCACCACCCAACUUUUCGGGAGGAGCCCCCACCUGUCCGAGGACCUGAUUGAGGAGUUCCGUCAGUUCUCGCUGGCCCUGGGAAUUCCGGAGGACUCCUUCUUCAGACUGACGGAAACAGGGGAGUGUGUUCCCCCCCAGCCAGAAGUCACCCUGCAGAGGGACCGGAGGAGCACCUGGGAUGAGGACGCAGGCUCUGCCGAUGGCUCCCCAUCGUUUAUGGGGGGCAACAGGGAAGACUUCUGCCUGCAGCCCAAGGACGCCGGCCCCUGCCUGGGGAUGGAGAUGCGCUAUUUCUACAACACCACGUCCCAGAACUGCGAGAGAUUCUUCUACGGCGGCUGCCGGGGGAACCAGAACAACUUCCACUCCGAGCGCGGCUGCCUGCAGACUUGCCGCACGGAGGCCGCCUGCCGCCUGCCCAUCGUCCCGGGGGAGCCCUGCAAAAGCACCUUCUGGGCUUUCGAUGCCAAGCAAGGCCAGUGCCUGACCUUCCAGGGCUGCGGAGGGAACGCCAACAAGUUCUACCUGCAGAAGGAGUGCCAGGAGUACUGCGGCCUCCUGCCCAACGACGGGGAGGAGUUCUUGCACCCGUGAGAGGCCAAGAAGCGAGAGGGGCAGCCGAGAGGGGCAGCCCUCUUCCCAAAAUCCUGCUGGCAUCAAUAAAUGCAGCUGCUGGACCGAA